AGACACUUAUUAUGUCACCUUUAGCACAGUCACAGAAGAAACCAACAACGUUACGACCAUAGUACGACAUUACCUUCUGAUUUUAAACUACAUCCCUCCUAUUUUCUCUGAAUUAAUGAUGUGUUCUACAAUAACAACCAAUUGGGAUUUUUAUCAACCAGUCUCAAUCGGCGCCAUGGCGCGCUGUGUCGUUUUGUUGGGUCUUUUACUGUUUAUUUUCCUCACUAGUGCUGAAUGUAGGAGGGGAGGAGGAGGACACUCUUCGGGAAGUCAUUCUCACUCCCACUCAAGCUCUGGACACUCCGGAAGCAGCCACUCAUAUGGGAGCCAUAGUUAUGGUAGUGGAAGUUACGGAAGUAGCAGCUAUGGACACAGCAGUCAUACGAGCUUCAGUUACCCGUCGUGGUUUACAGGAUCCUCGAGUUCUGGAAGUAAACCAUCCACCGGAACCAACUCAGGGUCAUAUAGCAGUCACACGGGUUUGAGUAUCCCGACCUGGUUCACAUCUUCGUCAAGUUCCUCUGGGAAUAGACCAUCAACCGGGACAAGUUCAGGUCAUAGUUACCCAGGAUCGUCAGGACUAUCUGGGUCUAAUAAGCCAAGUUCAGUGAGUUCUGGACACAGUUACCCAGCGGCCCCAGAACUAUCUGGCUCUAACAAGCCCAGUGCUGUUAGUUCUGGGAACAGUUAUCCAUCGUCGCCAGGACUAUCUGGGUCUAAUCAACCAAAUGCAGUGAAUUCCGGUCAUAGCUACCCAGGAUCGUCAGGACUCUCCGGGUCCAACAAACCAAGUGCAGUGAGUUCAGAUCACAGCCUCCCAGGAUCUUCGGACUUAUCAGGUCAAAAUUACCCCGCAACUAAUGGAUUAGCCGGGUCUAACAAGCCAAGUUACUCAGCAAAUUUCGGACUCAGUUAUCCGACAUCUCCUGGACAUUUUGGUGGAUCAAAUUUGAAACCAAGUCAACAAAGUUUUGCGAAUUCACCACUCUCCUUAACGCCAUUAGGGUCCGCAUCAAAGCCAUCAGCUCCGGCUGCCCCAAGUCUCUCAGGAAGUAAUCACGGUUACCCACCAUCGAAACCUGUAACACAAGUAAAGCCGUUACCAACAUAUUCUUCAAACCCUCCAUCUAACCCAAGUUAUCCAUCUUCUCAAUCAGGUUUAUCAGGAAAUAGUAAACCUAGUAUUUAUCAGCCUUCUGUCACAUCAGCAUCUGUUUCAAAACCAACUUCUAAUCUAUAUCCGCCUUCUGCAGGAAUAUCAGGAUCUAACUCGAAGCCUGCCUUUAACUAUCCAAUAAAUACAGGAGCAUCAUCUGGUCAUAGCUAUCCUAACUCCCCUGGCUUAUCUGGAGCUGGACAUAAACCAACAAUGAACAACAACCGUUACGUGCCACCAUCAACAGUUGGCUCUUCUGCCCCGAAAUAUCAACCUCCACCAUAUGCUUCAAACAAUUACAACACACACUAUGGAACAUCCGGUUCAACUCACCAUCAUCAUCAUUAUUAUAAUAAUUAUUCACCUAACAAUAAAUACAAUGACCAAUAUUACGUUCCAAAUUACUAUUCUUCUCCGCAGUACGUAUACAUUCAAGAUUAUAGAAACUCACAUAGCAGAUUCAACGAUAUUUUAACUGGCCUGGCUUUGUACAAUUUAGGCAGAAGCCAUAGUCAUCAUCACACUAAUUACUAUUACGAUGAUUACUACAGAAGAAGGUAUGAAACUGCUCCUGGUUACUCUAAUUCCAAACCCGAAGAAGCAGCUCAAUGUUCUCUGAAAGUUAAAGAGAAUAAUCAAGAACAGUAUCUGAAGAUUCCUUGCGAAAUAGUUUCUACAUUCACAGAUGGUGCUCAGAAAAAGCCCGUUACAUCUGUUAACCAGACGUGCAUUACAAAAAUUGCUGUUACAAAUACUACUAAUGUAACUCAAAUUGUAACGAAUGCAAAUAUUACCAACAAAAAUAUAUUAGACGCACCAAUUAAUAUCACAACAGGAAACAUUAAUUUAGCUAAUAAAACUCAAAAUGUUAUUCCGAUUAAUGUUUUAGUGAAAAGUGACAAUAAUACAAACAACUCAACAAUGAAUAGCCUUAUCGCAGUGAAUUCUACAGAUAAUGUACCAGUUAACGAGACAAAUCAGAAUACAAUUUUUAAUGCUCUUUCAAUAAAUUCUACUGGAAAAAUAAACGGACCAAGUGAGAAUGCUACUGUAAAUUUGACGGCAAUAAAUUCUACUGAACAUAUAAAUACGACUUAUCAGAAUGCUCCUGUAAAUUUGUUGGCAGUUAAUUCUACCGGACAUGUACCAAUUACUGAAACACAACUUAAUUCUACGGGAAAUUCUAUUUUACCUAUGACAUUACCAAGAAAUAGUGUACCAAGUAAUUCAACAGCUAACAUUUCACAAAAUACUCUAAACAAUAUAAGUAUAACAACAUGCACAUAUGAAUACAAACCUGAAACUGUUGAUCCUUUGAAUUUGAAAGGACCUAAAUUGAAUCCAAAUGGUGCAGAAUGUACCGUAGAAAUCCGAACUAAAGAUGCAGUGCUACAUCAAAAUGUAGAUUGUGAUGUGCUGCUGAGUUAUUCAAAGCUUCCUGAGCCGAAAAAGAAAGAAAGUUUAAUAAUGCCGUCGAGGGAGAAACUAAAAUCUUGGGUAGAAAAACCUCCAUGGUGGAUGUCAAUAUUCAUUGCAGCUUAAUUGUCGUCAAUUAAAAUCGAUUCAGCUGUGUUGUGGUUGUAAAUAUAAAUUGUUUUAGGCGUGUGUUUGUAGUUUUGUGGCUAGCUCAAUCAGUGUUAUGAGUCCGUGACAUACUUUUUAUUUUAGUAACUGGACAAACUCAAUACUACAUAUCUACUGUAAAUUGUGUAAUGUGAGAGCUAAGGUACUUUCGAUAUUAAGUGGGGGUUGAAAUUAAGCAUUUUUUAAAAUGCUUUUAAUUCUGUGGAUAGAGGCGCUUUGCUGACAGAAGUAAAGAACAAAAUUCCCUCCAUAUACAAAUAUCUUUGGCAAUAUUAUAGUGAAAAUUCUAAAUUAAUAUUUAAGGACAACCUUUUACUCUCCUGCGUGGGAUAUCAGCAAGGCGACCCACUUGGGCCAGCCAUAUUCAGCCUUGCAAUUCACCCCAUAGUUGAGUAGUUAAAUUCUAAAUUAAACAUCUGGUAUUUAGAUGAUGGGAUCUUAGGGGGUGAUUAUGAGACUGUUUUGAAUGAUUUCCAAAUUUUAACCACCAACCUUAGUAAAUUGGCCUGGAUCUUAAUUUUUAAAAGUGUGAACUAUAUAUUUCGGAUAGCUGUAAUUACAAGGAAAAAAAUAUUAACGAUUUUAAUACUUUUCCUCCUGAGAUCAAAAUUUUAGACAAGGAUUCACUAUACCUUCUUGGGUCCCCUAUUUUUGAUGAAUCUUUUUCACAUUUUAUAGAUAAUAAAAUUCAAAAUUUUCAAUUUGCUUCUAGUCGCCUUUUGGAUAUACAGUCAUAGUUUGCUUUCACUAUUAUUCGACAUUGUCUUUUCGUUCCAAAUUAACAAU